UUAUGUUUAUUACUGACACGAGUAAGUCACUGUUGUAUAUUGUUUCUGUCUUGAUACACCUGGUGGCAUACGAGGAGUACAAUGCAACCACCGAAAUACUAACUAAAAUCAUUUGCAUGGAAUACCGGACAGUUUCAAGAUCUGAAGUAGUAAUAUCGCCGCCCGACGCUAGGGCGCAGCAGCAGUAUAGACAACCCAUUGGCGAAACUGCUGCAUUCCCAGUGUCCUCUGUGUCCGGGUCACGUCUGCCUUGCAUUUGCUCGCCAAGCCCAUGGCCAAGCCGCUCUCAUCCCCCCGCGGACUUUUCCGUGACACCGCAAGCAGACUUCGGCACUCUUCGGCGGAAAGCCACCGCCCCAUUGGCUUACAGUUGCUCCUCCCACCUUCCAGGGACGCGCGUUCCAUUGGCUAUGGAGCUGCUCUCGUCCCGGCUGCAUGUUCCCGUUCGCGUUACCCAUUCUCGUAGCAGCGGGUAGCUGUAGCCUUGUACCCGCAUGCAACAGCCAGUGCGACAUUUUUGCGCAAGUAGCGUAGAUGACGUAUUGGGUUCGGCGUGACAAAGGGAGCGAGCGCCGACUGACGGGGCAGGAGCGCAAAAGAAGGAAAGGAGAAUUGGGAAAGCGCGCGGCCUGGCUGGAGGCGUCGGGGCUUCGUGGAUAGCGCUCCAUCUGAGCACGGAACGCUCGGGGAUUUGAGUUGUGGCCGCGGAAGCGAUCCGCCAUGGUCGGCAUCGGAUGUCGAAGUGUCCGUCUGGCCGGGCGCUUUCCAUAACCCCCGUCGUCGGUCUAAGGGACAGGCGCUUCCUCCCUCCGGCCCGGUCUGUCAUCUUACAGCCGGAUUAGGGGAAAAAAAACCAACUAAGUGGCCAUUUUAGGGGAAGCGGCGGGUCGAGGGUGGUCCUUGCCAGGCCUGUGCGCUUUGAGCCGCUCCCUGCCGGAUGUGUGAAGGAUGAUCUGAUCCUUUGGGAGAAUAGCCCGCUGACCGUGAAUCCCUCCACCCGAAAGGACCGGCGAACCGUCGAUUGAAGCAAAACCAACUGCGGAUACACGAGGCGUGCAGAGAACUAGUGCUACCCCGGGGAGAGGAAGAUGUCAGGCCGGCCUCGAACCACCUCCUUUGCGGAGAGCUGCAAGCCUGUGCCGCAGCCGUCCUCUUUCGGCAGCAUGAAAGUCAGCAGAGACAAAGAUGGCAGCAAAGUGACCACGGUGGUGGCUACACAGGGCCAAGGUCCCGAUCGGCCCCAGGAGGUGAGCUACACGGACACCAAGGUGAUCGGUAACGGCUCCUUCGGCGUGGUGUACCAGGCCAAGCUGUGCGACACCGGUGAGCUGGUGGCCAUCAAGAAGGUGCUGCAGGACAAGCGCUUCAAGAACCGUGAGCUUCAGAUCAUGCGGAAACUGGACCACUGCAAUAUAGUGCGACUUCGCUACUUCUUCUACUCCAGUGGAGAUAAGAAGGAUGAGGUCUACCUUAACCUGGUACUGGACUACGUUCCUGAGACUGUGUACCGAGUAGCCAGACACUACAGCCGAGCCAAGCAAACGCUGCCCAUCAUCUUCGUGAAGCUCUACGUGUACCAGCUGUUCCGGAGCCUGGCUUACAUUCACUCCUUUGGGAUCUGCCACCGGGACAUCAAGCCCCAGAACCUUCUGCUGGACCCCGACACGGCCGUGCUCAAGCUCUGUGACUUCGGAAGUGCGAAGCAGCUGGUCCGCGGGGAGCCCAACGUGUCCUACAUCUGCUCUCGGUAUUACCGCGCCCCUGAGCUCAUCUUCGGUGCUACGGAUUACACCUCCAGCAUAGACGUGUGGUCAGCUGGCUGCGUACUUGCUGAGCUGUUGCUAGGGCAACCGAUCUUUCCCGGGGACAGCGGAGUGGAUCAGCUGGUGGAGAUCAUCAAGGUUCUAGGUACUCCCACGAGGGAACAGAUCCGAGAGAUGAACCCCAACUACACGGAGUUCAAGUUCCCGCAGAUUAAGGCGCACCCGUGGACUAAGGUGAGUGAAAAGGUGUUCCGGCCGCGCACGCCCCCCGAGGCCAUCGCACUGUGCUCACGCCUGCUGGAGUACACGCCCACCGCCCGGCUGUCCCCGCUCGAGGCCUGCGCGCACUCCUUCUUCGAUGAGCUGCGCGACCCCAGCGUGAAGCUGCCCAACGGCCGCGAGAAGCCCCCCCUUUUCAACUUCACCACUCAAGAGCUGUCCAGUGACCCUGCCCUGGCCUCCAUCCUCAUCCCAGCCCAUAUCCGCAACCAGGCUGCAGCUUCCACUGCUACCAGCGCCUCUGGUCCAGAUGCCAAUGGCGGAGAUCACUCCCAAACAUCUACCCUGGCCUCCGCCUCCGACUCUGCUUCCAAUUCUACUUGAACCCUCAGACUGGGGCCCAGCCCCCCCCCCGCCCCCCCAUGGACUGCUUGAUCACACCCACAUUUUGAGGGCAGGACCAUGAACGAAAGGAAGAAAACUGCAGAUGAGAAGUGUGCAGACAGCUUUCUGACAUGUGGGCUGAUCUCCUCCGGAACUCUCUGCAUUGUUUUUUUUUUUGAGUCUAAAUGUGAACAGCCUACAUUUUUUUUCUUCCAUUGACAAUCUUCCCUGGUUUCUCCUCUCGUCCCUGUUGUGUGAGCUCUGGGCCUCCUCUGCUCCUGUAACCCAUGCCUUUGUUUUUGUUUUUGGGUCUGGGGGGUUGACCAUAUGUACAGUUUUUAAAGGCCCGAGAGAGUGUCAUGAUCCUAGGAGCGAAUUUGGUGCAUUUUAAAGCUUUUAUGGGUUGUGUGGUGUGCUUUUUUAAAUUUUGGGGUCCUUUCUCCAUCCCCUUGUUAUACUUUCCAUGAUGCAGCUGUGUAUACAUGCAUGUUAUACGUGUGCAUGUACACACGUACUCUGCAUUAUGCAAACUAUAUGCACAGGUAUAUGCGGUGCAGAUUGAAAGGCCGGCACAGAGGAGGAACUUGUGUCCUGCCUAAAUAGACGACGUUCUCGUGCCUGGAUGCUGUACGGGGUGGAGUUCGCCCCCCCCUCCCCCCCAACAGGAACUGAAGGGCGCUAUUGCUGCUGCAUGCAGUCAGUGAUCUGAGUGCGGGUAUAUCAUGUGACCGCUUACCCCUCAGCUAUGUGAGAGCUCCCCCUGCAGGCCCAUCUGCCUCAUAUCACGCUGUGGCGGUAAACGGUACGCGAGCUUCCAGCAGAUGUCCUAGAUGACAGACUGAAAGUAGAAACUCUGACCAGCAGGAAAGCUGGCAGAGCUUGUCCAGUCCCCCGUCAUCCGCAUGUAUACUCUGGUUUCCCCGCCGCUGGCUUACACUGUUAGACUCUGCUUCCCGAUCCGAUGAAGAUGUGAUUCAGGUUCAAACAAGAGACCCAUUUCAAUGUUUGUGCUGUUUCAGCGUUCCUCCUUUUCUGCCCGUCUUCAGUAAAACGUCUUACUUAAAUGUUGUGGGGGUGCGGAGGGAGAGAAAACGUAUGUAUGUACUGUAUGUGUAUAUAUAGUUACUUCCCCAGCAGA